CGGAAGACGAAAGAUGGAGGCGGCUGUGUUCAUUCUAUCGCUGGUUGACUGCUGUGCUUUGAUUUUUCUGGCGGUGUACUUCGUAUCCUUUUCUUGAACAUGACCUAAUACGUUGUGUACUGGAUCUCUAUUAGUAUUCUUUGUUACAAUCAAUACGUUCUAGCGCUCGUGCUUUGUGGGUACCUCUCUGUGCCCAGACAAGUGCUAGUUAACGUUGGCCGUGAUUUAACCAUGAUCAUACCAAUCCGUGCUGCUCUGUCUUGCCAGAAAGGGCCAGUUAGCAAACGCCCUAUUCGUCCUUUGCACUGUAAAAUGUCGAUCUUCUGGCUGUCAACAGUAGCGUUGACAUAUUUUAGAUGCAGUGUCUGCUGCUUGUUUUUUUCUAGCAAAAGUUCAGUGGUUAAAAUUUAGACUGUCAGUCCUAGUUACUCACGCAUUCCUAAGUAUUCAAUGGCUUGAGUUAGUUGACAUUAAGAAUAUAGACAAACUGUUACUGUAUAGCUAGCCUGAUACAUCUCUGCCCAGACAGUUUACAUACCUUAACUUCAUGAAUAGAUAAUUACCCUCUCCGACCUAGAAUGUGACUACAUCAAUGCACGAGCCUGCUGUUCGAAGUUAAACAGAGUAAGCACAGUUGUAAUUUCAAAUAAAAAAUGUUGCAUGUACACGCAGCUAGCUAUGCUAGCUAGCUCUCGAGAACCAAGGGAGCAUAGCCUCCCCUUAGGGCUCGGUUAAAGGUGUGGACCACAGCAGGCUCACUGUAAACUAUAAUCCCGACACUGCUUUAACGGUUAAAAACAUUAUUACAUCUCGUUAGCGAUAUGGUUUUGGAAACCCUUUGGGAUUUCACUUUAACAUCAGCAAUAAAUAAUAUUUCAAAUACCAAAAUAUACACUUGCAAAUCGAGCAUCACCGGGCCACAUUUGGAGUGCCGCCGUUUCCCAAUGUUCUUGAGCUUGGGAUUUAGUUUUAAGUAAUUGUUGCAUAUGGCAGAGCACCCAGCUAAUAAAGCGAGAUAACCCACCUUGUUACCCACUCCACAAAGCUGGGAGGCAGCCUGUGGUCAAAACGACUGCAAUCAUUUUUUACCCAGUUAAACUCCUCCUACCGGGUCAACCGGGCUAGCUAAAUCGAACUCCCUCCAUUGGAACAUUACAUUCCUUCUGGAAGCGUUUUUUUUUUUUCUCAGCUGCGUGUAUUUUUGCUAAACUGUGUACAGUAAGUGUAUCUUUUGUGUAUUUUCAUCGCUGAUAUUAAAGUUAAAGCUGCAAUAUGUAACUUUUUGGGACACUGGGCUAAAUUCACAUAGAAAUGUGUGUUAUAGAUCUGUCAUUCUCAUAGACAUCAAGUCUAAGAAGAGGUCGAUCUGUUCAAUGUACGCACUUCUAUGCUUUCCUUCACGUUUAGUUUUAGCAUCUUUUAGGUUUUGUACACCAUCUUCAUUCAAACAGCUGAAAAUACAAAAAUUUUGGUUAUGGAAAAGAUUUCAUAGCGGUUUAGAUGGUACAAUGAUUAUCUACACUAUACUUGCUUGUUUUGUCAGAAACUGAAAUUAAGCUAAAUUAGAAUUUUAGCAACCAGGAAAUGGCGGAUCAUCUUUAUUAAGUUCCAAAUGUUACCAAAACCCUAUCGCAAGCGAGGCGUAUUUACGUUUAGAUAGAGCAUUUGAGUAGGGUCAGGACAUUUCCCACUGCAAAAAGGGAUGUGCAAUGCCAUAGAGCCCCACAGUGGAGGUGUCAUAAUACCUAACGGUCAAUCAGGGAAGUGGUUCCAAUCAUUUUCCACCAUUCAUUUUUCCCAUAGGGGAUUUUAGAAACACUUAAAAUAAGGGCUGUGUUUUGUGUAGGUUUACCCUGGCGUGAUGUUUUGAUAACCAUGUAAAUCUCUCUCGGACAAGGUGACUUAUCAAUAUAUUACUGAAUGUGCACUAUCCUCAAACAAUAGCAUGGUAUUUUUUUAGCUGUAAUAGCUACUGUAAAUUGGACACUGCAUUUAGAUUAACAAGAAUUUAAGCUUUCUGCCCAUAUAAGACAUGUCUAUGUCCCAGAAAUUUGGCUGUUGUUUACAAAGCCAUUCUAGUCACAAAUCGCAUAUUGAGCAGCAACUGUCCCGGUAUAGGGACACUGAUCCUGUAGUUAAGGGAGUGAACAUUAUUUAUAAUAAGGGUUACAUGGAGAAAAUCAGACCUCUGAAAUGAAAAUGGAUGGCCUUCCCUUCAGCAAAAUAUAUUUUACCUAAACCCUCCCUGAAUGAAAAAAAAAACAACAACAAAAAACUCCCCUAUACCCAAAAUAAUAAUUAAAACAUAAAGUGGAUAGCUGAGAACAUGCCUACCGUUUACCCUCACUUCUUGGACAAAACAGAGCCUUAGAUAUGGAGUUAUAGAAACUGUUCUUCGUCCUGUAAGCAUUACAUGGCAACGCAGGAAUUUUCAUAGCGCACAGGGCAGUGGGCCAGAAGGUUGUGGGUUCUCAGACCACCGUGGACAACACAAGAGUAGGGGUGGAAAUAUCUCCUUUAUAGUAAAUGCAUUGCAUGAAUCUAUUAUCAUGUUUGCAGGUCUGAGGAAAAAAUAGCCAUUUAUAAACAUUUCAUGCAAUUCUACGUCAUUUUACAUAAUAGCAGAAACUUUUUUAAUACCACACAAAUUACCAAAAUUACAGGCUAAGAAUGGACAGAGAGAUAGGCCUAUGUGUUCAUCUUAUCAUAUUUCUCUAAUGCCAAAUCAGUGUGUCUUGUUUGCAACAAAACUGUCCCUGUUUGCAAAUAAUUAAAUCUGAGACGUCAUUAGGAAUCUGAAUUAGAUUACUUCCCAAGCAAAGUAAAUGUUGUCUCCUAGGCUAUAGAAGGUUGUAGCUCAGCCUCUGAAUGUUAAAUAAACGAAACAAUGAUAUCCCCAUAUGCAUCGGAGUCACGUCUUUCCCGGGUAUUUUACAGCUUACAUAAAGCAUCGCGGACCAAAGCGAUGUUAUAGAUCACUUUAUAUAAUCAGAUCCGUUUUAUUUUCUUCAAUAUCUUACGCUUUUUACCAUUUUCUUUAAUAAAAGGUAGGCAUACGGCAUACCCUCUCAUACCGCCUCAAUUCAAAUCUUGGUUUUAACUUAACAGCCCUUCACUGACACAGAGGUAGGCUAUUUAAUGAGUGCAUGGUGGGUGGAGGAAUUGACUGACGAAUCUAUGGAUAUAGCAGCCUAUAGCCUAAUUUCAUCUGUCAAACAGGAAGGCCUAUCUCUUUUUUUUUUUUUUAUAGGAAGAAAUAGGCUCCACAAAGCCCUCUUCUUGUUAGUAAAGUGUAAUUAAAAUUAAGGUUGAAAUGAAUUUGCCUACUUUCAGCACCAUGAGCUGUCCUUUUCUGAUAGAUUGUGCCACUGCAAUUUUCAGCACCACAAUGUAUGUUACUCAAAUCUGGCUUAUUGUGAGGUCAAUAACUCUGAUAAAUACAUAAUGGGCAAGAAACAUAUUGUUUUUAAUAAAAUCAAUUAUAGUAAUAGUAGCAAGCUAUCAAAGUUGACCUCUGGUAUUUCAUCUUCGCGCUCUCCAUCUCAAACUGAACUGAACAGAACAUAGGCUAUAGGCUAGUCCACGCGCAAGAUAGUGCAUUUUCUUUGGACUAGGCCUAAUAAAAAAAAACAUUCGGAAGAAGCCUUUGACUCUCCUGAACUGCCACCGUAGGGCUACACAGCACAGCCAUUGGUUAGACAGCACAAAAUAAAACAUUUUUGAUCAGCAAAAGCAGAGCAGACUGGGGCUCAGGGUUGGAAUGUCCAUAGCAGUGUGUAAUGCAGCCUAGUUGUAUUUACACCAUCCCAGAAAAUAUCUUAGAAAUAUAACUUUGCUCUGUGCUUCUCCGAGCAUGCACUUCGUAGCCUAUAGGCUAUGGAUCAUUUUGAUUGAGACCACACUAAAUAGCCUAUAGAGAAUCACAGAUAAGGGGCGGCAUCGGGCACACAUUGAUACAUAGCCUAAUAAGCAACUACUUCUAAAACACAGAGAAAUAUUGACAUUUCAUCAAUUACAAAUUACAUGACCCUCCACUGUACUAGAUUAAAAAAAAAUACUAAACCCUCCCCUUGACUGAAAUUGAAAAAGCAUGACCCUCCCCCAUUUUCCUCCAGGUAACCAUUCUGUAAAUGUCGAUCCAUCCCUAAAUCCGUUUGAGUUCAAAUCACUUUUUGGCAGGAUCCCUUUUGAUUUAAACAAAACUUUCCAUAUAUGUUUGCCCAUGGAAAAAGUGGUCAGAAAGUGACUUUUUGGACCUCAUUGCCAAAAGGUUCAGGAGAUAAAGGUGCUCAGAUUUUACCAAUUUUGCAUACCCCACCAUACCAUGAGACAUCCAUGUCUUCUUCACUGGAAAAAAUAGUUGAGUUUGAUAUAAUUUAAAAGCUUACAAACAGUGAUGUCAAACUAUUUUAUUAUUUCUUGGAAAAAUAUUUUUGGAAUACAAAUUGACAUUUUAAAACCUUUAACGUCAAUUAUCAAAAAACAUGUGAACUCCAAAUUUUUUCAUAUUCUCAUAUGUCGUAGCUUAGAUCCUAUUUCGCAUCAUCUGAGGUCUUUGUGUUGUGCCCGCCAUCGGUUGAGAUACAUUUACUCUUGAAAACAGAGUGGGUGUCAUUUCAAUCAUAGAAAUAGAAGUCAUAGAAUGGAACUAUCCCUUCAGACCACUGCAAUUUAGCUGGUACACUAUUGACAUUUAAAUUGAAUUGACAUUUUAACUUCUAAUUGCUACCACAAAGAUGACCGCGCCCACCGUCGACUGUCAACUUAAAUAGACAUGUAUAUUCUAUUGUCUAUAUUACUAUGAUUUCAAUAGGUUUCCUAUGGAGGAUUGACAGUAUAAUUUAAAACAACAGAUAUUCAAGUCAACGUCCUCUGAUGUGUGCACCUCCAACCAUCUUUGUGGUACCAUUUGAAAUGUGACAUUUCAAUUUUAUUCCCAUUUUAGUACAUUUAUCAGCCAAAACAUGACACCCACCCUGUAUUCAAGAGCAUGUUGUGUCUUAACCGAUGACACAACACUAAAAUCUUAGACUAUGUAAAAUAGGCUCUAAGCUACAACAUAUGCAAAUAGCUUUUUUAGACAAUUAACAUUAAAGGUAAAAAAAUGACAUUAUAAAAAUAAAUCCAGAAAUUAUCAAACAAUUUGACAACCCUGUUUGGAAGCUUUUAAAUUGUAUACAUCUCAACCGUUUAUCUUUUCCAGUGAUGACAACAUGGUGGGGUGGUAUGGUAUGGUGGGGUAUGCAAACUUUGAGCACCUUCAUGUCGUGAAUGUCACUUUCUACAAUGGCUAAAUAGGCCCAUGUAUGGAAGGUUCCGUUCAAAUCAAAAGGGGUGCAGUCAAAAAGGAUUUGAAUUCAAAUGGAUUUACCCUAUAUGUAGUUAGUCACUUUCAGCUUCCUGACUUACACGUCAUAUCUGUGGCCCGUUAUCUCCAGUUGUCUUUUUUAUUUCUUGUGUCCUGUAUGCUUGUGCUCAUAUACUUUUUCAUAAUGUGUAUCUGCAGUGGGUUGUACCAGAGCUGGUAGGCCAGGUCCUGGCAGCAGUGCUGAUGCUUGUCUCCCUGCACUGGUUUAUCUUCCUACUCAACCUGCCUGUGGCUGCCUGGAACAUGUACAGGUAAGUACGCUGUACCUAUCCUAUCCCGGCAAUGUUUGAGAUGACGACUGAAUGUUAAUGAUCAACGGCAACGUAUUUUCUUAUGUGAAAAGUAAAGACACUUUUAUGUCUGAGGAGUGAGGGGGUCCACUCAGAGGUGUCAUCAGUGGCUGUGUGUAAGCCUUACGAUACAAUAUACUUUAUUUUUCAUUUCAUGACGUCGGCAUACAAACACAAUAUAUUACAUGCAGUACAUUUACAUUUUCACAUAUUCUACUGUCCGACCGUGUAUUGGGCAUGCAUCUGUCCUAUGUCCCACUGUUCAGCAGGCUGUUGGAAUGAAACUUGCCUUGCUCCUAUGCUUACUGAACAAUGGGACCCCCCAGCAGUUCAAAACGUUGGCCAAGAUUGUGUGUGGGGUCCUCUAUGAUGCGCUUGGCCUUGUCCCUUGCCUGUUUAUCAUAGUGGCUCUGAAGCCCCCUGCAUUGCAGCGCGCAGAGCUUGGACCCCAGGUUCACAGUCCGCCUGAGGAUACCCAUAUUAGCCACUGAAUGCCCACCAUACCAGGCCAGGAAACAGAAAGUCAGGACACUCUCUAUAUGGCUGGUGUAGUAGUUGGAGAGUUAUCUAGGUGUUGACAUUCAGUUGUCUCAGUCUGUGCAAGAGGUACAGUCGUGGUUGGUAUUCUUUAUUGAUGGUUUGAGUGUUGGCAUUAAAAGAGGGUUUGCUGUCCAUGAUGGUUCCCAGAUACCUACAACUCUUUCUCUUCACCACCCAGGACUAGGUGUCUCACUGAGUCUGCCUUCCUCCAGAAAUCAGUGAGCAGUUAUUUUUGUUUUGUUGAGUUUGAGGUAGUUGUUAUUGCACCAGUCAUGAACCCUGUUUACUUCUGUUUGGAAAUGCAGUGUGUCAUCUGAGGGUGCCUGGCGGCGUCAUCUUCAUAUUUCACUGCCAAGCAGUUCCUGUCGGAGCCUUUAAGGUCAUUGGUGUAUAUGAAGAACAGCACUGGAGAGAUGACAGUUCCUUUUGGGGAACCGGUAGAUGUACACAGAGGAAGGGAUGUUGUGUUGUUGAACUUGACACACUGCCCCCUGUUCAGCAGGAAGUCCAGCACCCACAAGUAAUACUAUAACAACCCUAGCCCAUGUAAGCCCCUUACAAACUCCCCAGCUCUUAGCGAUAUAGCCCACCCCCAAGCUGUUUACUACAAUGCUAUGGUUGUUCUUGUGCUGUAUAUGUGCUAUUUUGUCUUGAGUGUUGUUGGUUUUCCUCUACUCUAUUGUUUAUCUGACAGGGUUUUGAAGGUGCCCAUGGGAAACAUGGGGGUGUUUGACCCCACUGAGAUCCACAACCGAGGACAACUAAAGUCUCACAUGAAAGAGUCCAUGAUCAAACUCGGCUUCCACCUGCUCUGCUUCUUCAUCUACCUGUACAGGUAAGAGACUGUCUCUUGCUGUCUGGGAUUUGAUAUGCUAGUUUUCAUAUGCUAGCCGCUGUCAUAUGCUACAGUACUAACAUAGCUAAUCUUACUGCUCCUUUAUUUAUUGCUUAGUACAGGAUAACUUUGAUGUUUAGCCUGAGAUUAAGUUUGGUUCUAAAGUAGUUUCUUCACUUGUCACACGCUUCCUUUCUCCUCCACAGCAUGAUCCUGGCACUGAUCAACGAUUGAGAUCCCCAUGGCCGUUUUAAUCCAAAUCACAAACUAUUCAGUAUGUGGCGUUCAAUAUGUCCUGGUCCUCAGUCCUCUUCACAGCUGGAGCCACAUGACAUUACACUCCCCUGGACACCUAAUCAUUCCUCAGACCCCCUCCCCAUGAUGUAAUUCUGUGUUCUCAUAACUGCCCUGGAAUUGUGUGUGUGUGCUCGCUUGUGCACGUGUGUGUGUGUGUGUGUGUGU